AUAAUAAUAGGAAAAGAGGAAGAAACCCUAGAAAGCGUGCGCAGAACGGCACGCGCCAAACGCCUUUCUUUCUUCCUAGUUCCUGCUUUGUUUCCCUGAAUUUAAGAGGGAAGUGAAGGAGAAGCCGCAGAAGAAGAAGAGAGGGAAGAGCGAUGGCGGAUCGAUUGACCAGAAUUGCCAUAGUCAGUUCUGACCGCUGCAAGCCCAAGAAGUGCCGUCAGGAAUGCAAAAAAAGCUGUCCAGUUGUCAAAACUGGUAAACUGUGUAUUGAGGUAACCCCUGCAUCGAAGAUUGCCUUCAUAUCGGAGGAAUUGUGCAUUGGAUGUGGUAUCUGCGUCAAGAAAUGCCCAUUUGAAGCAAUUCAGAUCAUCAAUCUUCCAAAAGAUUUGGAUAAAGAUACCACUCAUCGUUAUGGGCCAAACACUUUUAAAUUGCACAGACUGCCAGUGCCCAGGCCAGGCCAAGUUCUGGGUUUGGUUGGAACUAAUGGCAUUGGAAAAUCUACUGCCCUCAAAGUUUUGGCUGGCAAAUUGAAGCCCAACUUGGGUCGAUUCAAUAACCCUCCUGAUUGGCAGGAAAUAUUGACAUAUUUCCGAGGAUCUGAGCUGCAGAAUUAUUUCACCCGAAUCCUUGAAGAUAAUCUCAAGGCAAUCAUCAAGCCUCAGUAUGUUGAUCAUAUUCCAAAAGCAGUCCAAGGAAAUGUUGGUCAAGUGCUUGACCAAAAGGAUGAGAGGGAUAUGAAGGAAGAACUUUGUUUUGAUCUUGAUCUUAAUCAGGUUAUUGACCGUAACGUGGGAGAUUUAUCGGGUGGAGAGCUCCAGAGGUUUGCUAUUGCUGUUGUUGCAAUACAGAAUGCAGAGAUAUAUAUGUUUGAUGAACCUUCAAGUUAUCUUGAUGUGAAACAGAGGCUUAAAGCUGCCCAAGUUGUUCGAUCUCUGCUCAGGCCUAAUAGCUAUGUAAUCGUCGUGGAACAUGAUCUUAGCGUCCUAGAUUAUUUGUCAGAUUUCAUUUGCUGCCUUUAUGGGAAGCCGGGUGCAUAUGGAGUUGUUACCCUUCCCUUCUCGGUUAGAGAAGGAAUCAAUAUAUUUUUAGCUGGAUUUGUUCCCACAGAGAAUCUACGAUUCCGGGAGGAAUCUCUCACUUUCAAGGUUGCUGAGACUCCACAGGAGAGUGCUGAGGAAAUUGAGACAUAUGCACGAUAUAAAUACCCAACCAUGACAAAAACUCAGGGCAAUUUCAAGCUUCGUGUGGUUGAGGGAGAAUUUACAGAUUCUCAGAUUAUUGUAAUGCUGGGUGAGAAUGGGACAGGGAAGACAACAUUUAUCCGGAUGCUGGCUGGUUUACUGAAACCUGAUUCUGUAGAAGACUCUGACGUGGAGAUACCUGAGUUUAAUGUUUCUUACAAGCCCCAGAAGAUCAGCCCAAAAUUUCAAUCUACAGUUAGACACUUGUUGCAUCAAAAGAUACGUGAUUCAUAUAUGCAUCCUCAGUUUGUCUCAGAUGUCAUGAAACCUCUUCUAAUUGAGCAAUUGAUGGAUCAAGAAGUUGUGAACCUCUCUGGUGGAGAGUUGCAACGAGUCGCACUAUGUCUAUGCCUUGGAAAGCCUGCAGAUAUUUAUUUGAUAGAUGAACCAAGUGCAUAUCUUGACUCAGAACAGCGUAUAGUUGCAUCAAAAGUCAUUAAGAGGUUUAUCCUCCACGCAAAGAAGACUGCAUUUGUGGUUGAGCAUGAUUUCAUAAUGGCAACUUAUCUUGCAGACAGAGUUAUAGUGUAUGAGGGGCAACCAUCAGUGGAUUGUACUGCCAAUACUCCUCAGUCAUUGUUGACUGGGAUGAAUCUUUUCUUAUCUCAUCUAGAUAUCACAUUUAGGCGGGAUCCAACAAAUUUCCGCCCAAGAAUCAACAAAUUGGAGUCAACCAAGGACAGGGAGCAAAAAUCUGCUGGAUCAUAUUAUUACCUGGAUGACUGACCUGAUUUUUGACAGUUGCUGAAUAUGCAAGCUUUGAAAGGCGUCUUUGUCAGAUAUCAGAGCUUGAGUGAAUCAUUUUGAUGGAUUGACAAAUGGAGAGUGGCCCUUUGCUUUUGGAGAAGUAUUGUUUUCGGGAUGGUUAAAUGAGUAGUCUUACAAGUAAUCUGUUAAUGCCACUUCAGGAUAGUUUCCCCUUCUCUUGUUUUGGUCGUGAUAUCAGUUGAGUGAAUUUGAGGAUGAAUUGUGCUUUUUCUUCUCCUUCACCACAUCUAGUGUGUUUCAAACUAGAGUGAGGAGAAGAACAAAAGAUAAUGAUGUCACAGAUUUGGAACCUUAGGGAAGAACCCAUCUCACACUUGGCCUUUCCUUUUGGGGCAAAGGAAAUCAACUAUAAAUUUGGGGAAUUUUCUGUGGAAAAUCUGUUGUGGUAUAAGUUUAUUUAUCAAAUGAAGGAACUACAAUGGACAAAUGUUUUUCCGAUUUUAGUCCCUCUGAAAUUGAAGGAAUGUUUUGAUGUGUGUUGAAGUCCAGGUGCCCGGUCAUAAAUCAAGGAUGUGAUGCUGUAUUCUCCCUUUUCUGUUGUUGUUUCUUGACAGAGGCUUCGUUCUUUUACAGCAAAUGUCCUUAUGAAUGUUACAGCAAGUGACUUAGAAAUAUGAAAAAACUGUAACCAAGAACCAUGAACACCAUAAACUCCUAUAGAAUUUGGGAUUUAAUUGAAUAUGAGGAAUUAUUUUACUUUUAGCUU